AUGGAUGAAGAGGGCUCUAUAAAUGCAAGCAAAAUAGAUGUUGCAUGGAAAUAUUCAAUCAUGACCCCAGAUGAGAAAUACUUUCGAUGCAAGUUCUGUACUCAACAAAGUAGCGGCACAAUUAACAGAUUGAAGCAACAUUUAGCAGGCACCCACAAAGGGAUAAAGUCUUGUCCGAAGGUACAGAAUGAAGUAGCUGAAGAAUGCAAGAAAGCAUUACUAAAGCUUAAAAAUAUAAAAAUCAUGAGAAAAGCUACAUUGGAAGAAAUGCGAGCUGUUGCAACCGGAAGUGGUAACAUGGAUGACGAAUCAGGUUCUUCUCCAGCUAUGGGAAAUUUGCCUCCAAAGGCUAGAGGUCCGCUGGAUGAUUUUGUUAGUGCUCAAACAAGACAAGCUACUUUGAACUCUAAAUGGAAAAAAGAGGGGGGAAAAGAAGUUUGUCAGCGAAUUGGUAGGUUUUUCUUCUCAAGUGGUAUACCAUUUAAUGUUGCAAAUAAUCCGUACUAUUUGUCAAUAUUUGAAAGAGUUGCAAAUUAUGGUCCAGGUUUUGUAACUCCUUCAAUGCAUGAGCUAAGAACUUGGAUACUAAAAGAUGAAGUUAUAAAUAUUAACAAGAUGUUAGAUGAACAUAAGAAAUCUUGGAAGCAAUAUGGUUGUUCAAUUAUGUCUGAUAGUUGGACAGAUGGAAAAAUCAUAGAUGAAGUUAGAGAAGAGAAUGUUGUGCAGAUAAUAACUGAUAAUGGUUCUAAUUUUAUUAAUGCUGGAAAAAGAAUAAUGGAAACCAGGCCUCAUAUUUAUUGGACUCCAUAUGCAGCGCAUUGCAUUAACCUGUUAUUAGAAGACAUAGGAAAACUGAAAAUGCAUCAAGACACACUUAUAAAAGCAAAAAAAGUGGUGAGAUUUAUUUAUGGACAUACGUGGGUGUUAGAUUUAAUGAGAUCAUUUACAAAUAAUCGUGAACUUAUUCGUCCUGAUGUUACUCGCUUUACUACAGCAUAUCUCACACUUCAAAGCAUUCAAAAGCAAAAACAAGCUCUUAGAUCUAUGUUUUCUUCUGAAGCUUGGAAUAAAUCUGUUUGGGCUAAGAAACACGAGGAGGUGAAAACGAGAGCUAUAGUUCUGUUUGAUCAAAAAAUUUGGCCAUAUAUUGCUUAUUGUGUGAAAAGUGUUGCUCCUUUAGUGGGUGUUUUGAGGGAAGUAGAUUCAGAGGAAAAAUCAUGCAUGGGAUAUUUGUAUGAUUUGAUACAUAGGGCUAAGGAAAAAAUAACUUUGAAUUGUGGAUAUACUGAAAACAAAUAUGCUCCCAUUUGGAAAAGAAUUGAUGAUAAAUGGACUCGCCAACUCUGUCGUCCACUUCAUGUUGCGGGGUACUAUUUGAAUCCGCAAUUGCAAUUUGAGGAAAGAUUUUCUAUUAACUUUGAAGUCAAACAAAGUUUGUACCAAUGUAUAGAAAGAAUGUUGGAUUAUGAAGAGAGAUUUAAAAUGGAUGUUCAGUUAGAUUCAUAUGACCAAUUUAAAGGGGAUUUUGGAUGUCAGAUAGCUGUGGAUUCUAGGAAAGUGAGAUCUCCUACGGAUUGGUGGAUACGCUUUGGUGGGCAAACUCCAGAGUUGACUAAAUUUGCAAUUCGUGUCUUGAGUCUCACUUGCAGCUCCUCGGGUUGUGAAAGAAAUUGGAGCACCUUCGAGUUGAUUCAUACCAAGAAGAGAAAUAGACUUGAGCAUCAUAGAUUAAACGCUCUUGUUUAUGUGAGGUACAAUACUAGACUGAGAGAAAGGAGCAUAAAAAGAAAAUUGCAAAAGUUUGAUCCAGUUCUAGUAGAUGAAGUUGAUUCUGACGAUGAAUAG